CCUCAAAAACAAAAGCAGCUGAGAAAAGAGCAAUCGCUCCAUUGCUCCGUCGCGAGUCCAGACUCCACCCAGAGCAUGAACCCGCGCUACAAAGCCCUCCCCAAAUCCUUCGGCACCCGAAGCUUCCUCCGCAAAUCCAACCAAACCCUCGUCAAAUCCUUCGCCUCCUCGGCCCCAGCCCCGUCAAGCGCACCGCCCCACACCGACGCGCUCGCGGAGCUCGUGCACGCCACCCGUUCGGCGAAAUGCCUCCGCAGGCUCCACGCGCUGCUGGCCGUCACGGGCGCGAUCAACCGGGACACCUCCGCCGUCACGGCCGCCGUCGAGGGCUACCUCUCCCUCGGCAUGCCGGGCGCCGCGGCGUCGUUGUUCGCCGGGUCCCACCGCCGCCGCCCCACGGUGUACUCGCUCAACCUCGCCGUCCGCUGCUUCUCGGCCCACGGGUUCCACCGGGAGCUCCUCGGCCUGUACAGGACGGCGUGCGCCUACGGUGGUGGCUCCGACAACUUCACGUUCCCGCCGGUCAUCAAGGCGUGCACGGCCGUGGGAUGCCUCCUCCUUGGGAGGGAGGCGCACGGCAGGGUCCUGCGGGACGGGCACGGGGACAAUGUCGGCGUGCAGACCGCGCUGCUUGACAUGUACGCCAAGGCUGGCUGGGUUGGCGCGUCCAGGGCGGUGUUUGACUGCAUGGCGCAGAGGGACCUGAUUUCCUGGAACGCGUUGAUCUCGGGGUACUCUCUGAAUGGGUGCUUCAGAGAAGCUGUCGAGGCUAUGCGGGAGAUGCAGGAGGACGGCAUGAGGCCGAACGCUAGCACUUUUGUUGCUGCUGUCGGUGUCUGCGGUGCAGUCGGAGAUUCGGAUGCCGGUGAUUCGCUGCAUGCGUUUGCGCUGAAAUGUGGGGCGCUUGCUGAUGAAUCCGUCACACCUGCAUUCAUCUCAAUGUACGCUGGGUUUGAUGAUCUUUCCUCGUCGCGGUUGCUCUUUGAUCUGCAGCCUGUGAAGGAUUUGGUGUCUUACAAUUCCAUGAUCUCAGCGUACAUGCAGCAUGACAAAUGGAAGGAAUCAUUCGAGGUCUUCAGGUUGAUGCGCUGUGCAGGACUAGGGCCUAAUCUGGUAACAGUGGUAUCUGUCCUUCCAACCUGCAGUGAUUUCUUUGGUGUACACGUCGGCGAAUCUGUGCAUGCUGUGCAGCUUUUCUGCAGUUGUACUGCAAAGAACCAUCUUCUGUGGAACUCCAUAAUUUCUGGGUACAUUUUGAACAACGAAUGGCACACUGCUCUUGAUGCAUUCUGCAGGAUGCAAACUGAAGGUGUUGCAGCCGAUGCAACAACUGUCAUUAAGGUGAUCUCCGGAUGCAGGCACAUAAAAGAUUUACGUAUGGCAAAGUCCAUCCAUGGAUAUGCUGUGAGAAACAGUUUUGAAUUGAACCAAAGCGUGAUGAAUGCACUCCUGGCUAUGUACGGUGACUGUGGAGAACUCUCAAAUUCCUACAAGUUAUUUCAGAAAAUGGAAGUACCUAUGUUGAUAUCUUGGAACACGAUAAUAUCUGGCUAUGCUGAAGCUGGAGAUGCAGAGGCUUCUGUAAGACUCUUCCGCCAGAUGCGCCAAGCAGACUUGCAGUUUGAUGUAGUAACCCUGAUUGGCCUUACCAGCAGUAUUUCGGUGGCUGAGGAUGCCACAAUUGGAGAAUCACUUCAUUCUUUGGCAGUUAAAAGUGGAUGCAGUACAGAUGUUUCUCUUACACACACCCUCAUUACUAUGUACAGCAACUGUGGUUCUGUUCAGGCAUGCCAGCGACUCUUUGACAGCUUGUCUUCUGUGAACACAGUCUCUUACAAUGUUCUGAUGACUGGAUACCGUAAAAACAACCUAUCUGAAGAGAUCUUACCUCUGUUUUAUGAAAUGGUAAAGAAUGAGAAGGAGCCAAAUCAUAUUACAUUACUGAAUGUAUUGCCUGUUUGUCAGAGUCAGUUGCAAGGAAAGUCUGUCCACUGCUAUGCAGUUCGAAAUUUCUUCAGGCUAGAAACCCCUAUGCUCACAUCAGCCAUUUGUAUGUACAGUAGGUUCAACAAUUUUGAUUACAGCUGCAAACUCUUCAAUUCGGUUGGUGAAAAAAACAUCAUAGUAUGGAAUUGCAUCUUAUCUGCCUGUGUUCAGUGCAAGCUGGCUGAUAUUGCAUUUGAUUUCUUCAGGCAGAUGUGCUUCCUUAAUGUGAAUCCUGAUGCAGUAACCAUGUUGGCACUCAUCUCAGCAUGUUCGCAGAUUGGAAAAGCAGAUUUGGCAGAAUGUGUUACAGCUCUCUUACUAAAGAAUGGCUUUGGUGGAAGCCUUUUUGUUGUCAAUGCUCUCAUUGACAUGCAUUCAAGGUGUGGAAGCAUUUCAUUUGCAAGAGAGCUCUUUGAUAGCUCAGGGGCAAAAGAUUCUGUUACUUGGAGUGCAAUGAUCAACUCAUAUGGUUUACAUGGGGAUGGCAAGUCUGCCCUUGACCUUUUCUCCAUGAUGAUAGCCUCAGGAGUGGAGCCAGAUGACGUAACUUUUGUUAGUAUCUUGUCAGCUUGCAGUCAUAGUGGCCUUGUAGAGCAAGCAAGAUCCUUGUUUAAAUCACUACAGAUAGACUACGGCAUCACACCGAGGAUGGAGCAUUAUGCAUGCAUGGUGGAUCUGCUAGGUCGAACUGGCCACUUGGAUGAAGCCUAUGAUGUUGUCGGGUCAAUGCCAUUCAGACCAUCAGAAAGUUUGCUUGAGUCAUUGCUUGGAGCCUGUAGAUUCCAUGGAAAUUCCAAAAUUGGAGAGGCUGUGGGGAAAUUGCUCAUUGACUCUGACCACAGUAAUCCACGGUCUUAUGUCAUGCUUUCUAACAUCUAUGCUUCAGUUGGUAAAUGGAAUGACUAUGAGUGGCUGCGGUUAGAUAUGGAAGGAAAAGGGUUGAGGAAAGAUGUGGGAAUCAGUUUGAUUGAGUAGCCCUGAUCCUACAACAAGCUCCAUUAGCUAGAGAACUUUUUUUU